CUCCGUACAUGUAGGGUUCAACUCUUCUCCACAACGAGAUUUUAACUUUUUCUGGGCUGACCUUGCCAGUGAGCACUCGAUGGAUGUGCUGCUGCAGCAGAAAGAAGAGCUCACCUGUUUUAAUCCAACAACACCCAACAACUGCUGUGUAUCAGCCUGCUGGACUUUGUACCACCGUGACAGCUGAUUGAAAAACAGCCGAAGCAAAAGGUUUUUCAAUCUCAACUGGCGUAAUGCAGUUCGAGAGUGAAGGCCAAACUGGACGACAUUUUUGAAAAAAACAACAACACACAUUUCGACCGUGUGUGUGUGUGAGUGUGUGGGUGUGUGUUUUUGUUUUCGUGAGUGAGUCAGCCCGUCGUAAAAUUUAGUUUGUUUUGUUCAAGUGAAAUAGCCUCGAGAUUUUUCACGACACCCCAGAAUUCGACGUUGCACACAAUUUCUGCGCCAUUGAAAAGAAGAAAUGGGAACUUUUGGCAUCAUCACUCGACUCAGCGAGGAGGAGGACGACCGGACAUCGGGGGCCACCGAGGCGGCCGAAUGCAUCGAAUUACGAGCCAUUCGCGUCCAGGUGACGGGCCAACGUUUUUGUAGCAAUCGGGUUUCAACGGCCAAGUACAACGCCCUCUCCUUCCUACCUUGCUUCCUGUUUGAACAGUUUCGACGCUACUCCAACUGCUUUUUCCUCUUCAUCGCCCUGCUCCAGCAAAUUCCUGAUGUGUCACCAACGGGUCGAUACACGACGCUUGUCCCGUUGUUGUUCAUUCUGGCCGUGUCAGCCACCAAGGAAAUUGUGGAAGAUGUCAAAAGACACAAAGCUGAUCAGGAGACCAACAAGAGGCAGGUGGAAGCCCUGCGGGAUGGCCAGUGGCUUUGGCUGGCAUGGCAACAAAUUAACGUUGGAGAUGUGGUUCGAGUCAGAGCUGGAGCUUUUUUCCCGGCCGAUCUUAUCCUGAUUUCUUCGAGUGAGCCGCAUUCGCUGUGUUACAUCGAAACGGCCAAUUUGGAUGGGGAGACCAAUUUGAAGAUCCGCCAGGCUUUGCCAGCCACUGCCAAACUGUUGAGUGUCACGGCUCUCAAGGAUUUGCAAGGCACUCUGCAUUGCGAAUUGCCCAAUCGUCACUUGUACGAAUUCACCGGCACGCUCAGACUCGCCAAUCACGAGCCGCUUGCUUUGGGUCCGGAUCAAUUGCUGCAGAGAGGCGCCCGUCUCCAAAACACAAAAUGGGCCACUGGAAUCGUCCUCUACACCGGCCACGAGACAAAAUUGCUGCAGAAUUCAUCCGCCGCCGCUCCAUUGAAGAGAUCGACUGUUGAUCAAGCAGCCAACAUGCAAAUUCUGUUGCUCUUUUUCUUGCUGGUCCUGCUCUCUUUGCUGGCCUCGAGUUGCAAUGAGAUUUGGGCCUCCAAUUUUGGCUUCCAGCAUUGGUACCUUGGAUUAGAAGAUCUGCCGACGGCCAACUUUGGCUACAAUUUGCUGACGUACAUCAUUCUGUUCAACAACCUCAUCCCCAUUUCUUUGCAAGUCACAAUCGAGAUGGUCCGGUUCAUGCAGGCCACGUUCAUCAAUAAUGAUUUGGAAAUGUACCACGUCGAGACGGACACGCCAGCCUGCGCUCGAACUUCCAAUUUGAACGAGGAGCUGGGCCAGGUCAAGUACGUUUUCUCGGACAAGACUGGCACGUUGACGCAGAACGUGAUGGAGUUCCAGCAGUGCUCAGUGGGUGGCACCAUCUACUCGGCCAAGAGCGACGUGGUGGUCAACAGUUCCGGCAUGGCUUCGUCGAUGGUUCAAGACUUGACGGCCAAACAUUCGAACGCCCCCUACAUUCGAGAGUUCCUCACUCUGCUGGCCGUCUGCCACACGGUCAUACCGGAGAAGGAUGAAACCAAUCCCGAAAUCCUCCACUAUCACGCCGCCUCUCCAGAUGAAAGAGCUCUGAUUCAAGGAGCUGCUCGAUUGGGAUGGGUCCUGUCGUCACGCACACCAGAGACAUUAACGAUCACCGCCGAGGGGAUGGAACAUCGUUACCAGCUACUCCACAUUCUCGAGUUCACCAGCGACCGUAAACGCAUGUCGGUCAUCGUCCGGACGCCCUCCGGAAAGAUUAAAUUGUUUUGCAAAGGAGCAGACACGGUUAUCUACGAGAGAUUGGGAAGCGCCGCUCCUACGGGACCUCAGCAACAUCAACAGUACAUCAGACAGGUGACGACCAAUCAUCUGGAAGCGUUCGCUCGUGAGGGUUUGCGCACUCUGUGCUGCGCAGUGGCCGAAAUCCCGCACGAUAUUUACGAGGAGUGGAAGCACACGUACCACCGGGCGUCCGUCUCGAUGCAGAACCGCGAGGAGAAAUUGGCGGAUGCGGCGAAUUUAAUCGAAAACAAUUUGGUUCUCCUGGGCGCUACGGCCAUUGAAGACAAAUUGCAAGAUGAGGUUCCGGAAACAAUUGGCGCGUUACUUGAAGCGGAUAUCCGCAUGUGGAUGUUGACUGGCGACAAGCAGGAAACGGCUAUCAACAUCGGCCACGCCUGUCGCCUCCUCAAUUCCAACAUGGAAUUAUUGGUCAUGAAUGAGGAAUCGCUCGAUGGUACGAGGGAAGUGAUUGGCCGAUGGUUGAGCACCCGCUCCGAGGGCAGCUCGCCUUUGAGCACGACCAUGGCUUCUUCGGCCGCCCUGGUCGUCGACGGACAGACUCUGAAAUACGCCAUGAGCUGCGACCUGAAGAAGGAUUUCCUCCAGUUGUGCCUGCAAUGCCGGGCCGUCAUUUGCUGUCGGGUGACGCCCAGUCAGAAGGCGGAAAUCGUCGAGGCCGUGACGAUCGAGACGCAGGCGGUGACGUUGGCCAUCGGCGACGGAGCCAACGACGUCGCCAUGAUCCAGAAGGCCCACGUCGGCGUCGGUAUCUCGGGCAUGGAGGGUCUCCAGGCGGCCUGCGCAUCAGAUUACUCGAUCGCCCAGUUCCGCUUCCUGCGCCGGCUUCUCCUCGUCCACGGCGCCUCCAAUUACUACCGAAUGUGCCGACUUAUUCUCUACUCCUUCUACAAGAACAUCACCCUGUACGUCAUCGAGCUCUGGUUCGCCCACCACUCGGCCUGGUCGGGUCAGAUUCUCUUCGAACGAUGGACCAUCGGUCUCUACAACGUCCUCUUUACUGCCGCCCCACCUUUAGCCCUGGGAUUGUUUGACCGGCGUUGCACGGCCGAGGUCUCCUACAGGUACCCGCAGCUCUACAAACCCUCACAGUCUGCCCAGCAUUUCAAUGUCAAGGUUUUCUGGUUCUGGAUGUCGAAAGCUUUGAUCCAUUCCGUGUUGCUGUUUGGGCUACCGUUGAUGGCCUUUGGUGAGGACAUUGUCUGGUCCAACGGAAAGGAUGGAGGCUACCUCAUUCUCGGCAACGCUGUGUACACCUAUGUCGUGGUCACGGUCUGCCUCAAGGCCGCACUGGAGACUUAUUCGUGGACGUGGCUUUCCUUGUUGGCUAUCGGAGGAUCGGUUUUGACAUGGUUCCUCUUUUUAGCUUUCUACAGUCAUUUUUGGCCCAGCUUACCACUCGCUGCCAACAUGGCCGGAAUGUCCCACAUGCUAUUGUCGUCGCCCGUCUUUUGGUGGGGACUGAUCCUUGCCCCAGUCACUGCCCUUAUCUCCGAUUUCUCCAUCAAAACCCUGUGGAAUACCAUGUUCAAGUCAUUCACUGACCAAGUGUGCGAAAGAGAGAUCAAUUUGCAGCGAUCCGAGUCGGGAAAGCUGCUGGAUAGUCAACGGAGGGAUUCCAGGACCAAGUUGGUUGAGACCGCCCGGCUGAUGCGCAGCGUUCGAAAUGUAUUCCGGCGGCCAAACGCCUCGUCGGACGGAGCUCGCGGCCAGACGGAACUCGAACUUUCUCACGGUUACGCUUUCUCGCAAGAGGAACACGGAGCGGUGCGGCAAGGGGACAUGGUUCGAGCCUACGACACCACUUUGCCUUCGAGGUCAAUGGACAAAUUGUAAAAGAAACAAAACAAACCCAAAAAAACAUUAUCAAGACUGAAACAAAUUCACCGCCCCCAUCCUCACCACUUACAAAAAAAAACGGAAGAAGAAAUGCAAACACAUUCAGAUUUAUUCAUCAAACAACAACAAAUAGGAUCGUCCCCCGCCACAGCCCAGUUUGUUGACCCGGUUAUAUAGUUGUUUAUUAUCGCGGGGACCUACUUGUUCAUUCAUUUUUACCCAAAUCGUCGAAAGAAAAAUGGAUAGAAGACGAUACCCGCAUUUAGUAAUUUUGCUGUGCUGUUGGCCUCGGUGUCGGCUUCGUGUUGUACACAAUAAUCCCCCCCACCACCACCAACAACACUUUCCUGUGUCUCCUUUUUAAUUGCAAUUCUUCCUCAUCCGGGGGAUGAAGGGAGGAUUGAACUCGGAGUUCUUUUUAUUAUUCGUUUUUCUCCUGCGCCAUCUGUGUUAACUGUGAAAUAUCUCUUCGUUUGUGUCGUUGAUGAUUUAUUUUUUAAAAAAUUACGUGUUUAGGUUCCUACUAUCCCCUUUUUAAAACACAUUUCCUGUCGUUCGCAACACACACACACACAACUAUACACCCAGAAGAAAAGAAAAACACGACCCCCCGAAGUUGAUGGAUAGGACAAUGUGAUGAUCACCACUACCACAAGAACAACAACAAAUUCAUCCCAAUUCCAAUAAUGAUGAAUUUCAACAAAUUCUAGUCAGACUGAAUUGAUCAAGUUCAAAAAUAAUUUUCAGUUGCAUUGGGUUUUAUAGUUCCUUUUUUUUUUGGUUCCUUCAAAUCUUUGGUAGUAUAUUUCGAUUACGUCAACUUAAUGUCUCUCUGCCUUUUGUUUCUUGCCAAUUCAAUUCGCACCCGAGUCUUUUUUUUAAUGAUUUCGAUUUGAGUUUUAUUUGAAUUAGGUGAUUUUUAAAGAAAUUACUGUGUCAUUCGUAUUCGUCUUCCUGCCACGUUGGACUUUCAUCGCGGGUCAUCACUUUCACUUAUUUAAUUGGCGUGAUUUAAUUUAAUUCAUUUUUUUUUUCAAAUUAAUUUAUGAUUUCAUUAUUGGGUCUCAUUUCUUGGAAAUUAUUCAUUGGUCUCUCCUCUCUCUCUAUCUCUCUCUCUUCUAUUUCUCUGGUCGCUCUGCCUCUUCAUUUCUAUCGGCCCGCCCUUUCCAAACUUUAUCGACGUCUUUCUAUAUUCCAUAUACUAUUGUCAUUAUCAUAUUAUACAUGUACCGGCUGAAAUUUGUUGUCACGUUUUCCAUUACAGAUUGAUGAAAAAAAAAACUGAUCGCCCAGUUAUAGAAGCAACGCUCAACUAACAUUUUAUUUUCAUUGGGAAAAUGCCCUCAACUUGAUUUUUCAAAUUUCAGACAGGCAAAAACUAUUCGCUUCCGCAUUCCAUCCGGUUUGAGAAUAGCAAAUUCUUCUUCCAAGACGUCGCAUUUCAAGCCCUUUUACCAAACUGUUUGUCGACUACUUUAGCGAGGUUUAAUUUCUAUUUUACGUCUAGUUAUUUGGCUAGUCCAGUGAUUCCUGUUUUAUCUUUCGUUUAUUCUAGACGGAUCUCGUUGAGCCGACCGCUAUUUGCCCUCCCGUGGAAUUUGGACCGGAAAUGGCAAGAGAAAGGAAACAUCAUGAGUGACGGAGCCAAAAGAAAUGUUUCUGCUUCAGACGUUCAACUGGAUCGCAGUACCAUCAUCGGUAGAGGAAGAAGCGCAAUCAUCUUUGCCGGAACUUUUGGCAACAUUCAAGUCGCCAUUAAACGAGUCAUGUCUACGGACUUGCAUCCACAAUGGGAAAAUCAGCCUGUUGACGCUUGUUUCAAUAAGAUAACGGCCCUGCAACACCCCAGCGUUUUGAAGAUUACUGGUAUCUAUGACGACGAACACUUUCGGUAUCACAUCAUGGAGCACUGCGCCGCCAGCCUUUUCGAUUACUGUUGCAACACGUACAAAGGAGAAGUUCCCAGUCAGGCGGACGGACUUUACCAGAUGGUCAGCGGAUUGCAUUACAUCCAUUCGCAGGGAUUCAUUCACCGGAACAUUAAACCGGAGAACGUUCUCAUCUCACAGUCGAUCCAUUUGAAAAUAUCGGAUUUCGGACUGACUGCUCCGAUUUCCGCCAGGGCUAGUUUUUCAAUGAGCAGCAGCACCAGGACAUCUCCCAACAUGCAGGCGCCUGAAAUCAUUCAAAGUGACGAAGAUUAUUCCAGUGUGGAAGAGAGCGAAGCCAAACAUAACGUGGCCAGCGAUACCUUUUCACUGGGAUGCGUUUUGUUCACUUUCCUGACUAAAGGAGGUCACCCGUUUCUCAGCGGAGGAUCUCGCCAUUUUAUCGCCAUCAACAUCAUCGAAGGGAAAUAUGGUUUCUCUGGUUUAGAUGAACAGCAUUUUGCUAUACCCAUCAUCGAAAAAAUGAUCAACAAAAUCCCAGAAGAACGAAUUCAACUAGAUCAAGUUUUAAAGACGUUAAAACCACACAUUAGUAGUGACUAACAACAACUAGGGUUGUCAACGGAGCAAUCUUCUCCUCUCUCCCACAUGGAUGAAAGAUUUGUUCGGAAGAAUCCGAAAUUUCUAGUAAACCAGAAAGUUCAGUCCCCUUGGAAAAUGGAGAAUGAAGGGCAAGUAUCAUCGCCUUCCUUUCCUGGAAUUUUAUUUGCGCUGAUUCACGAAUUCAUCGUGCACCGAAUAUAUUUAGAUUUCCCUAGCGGAAUGGAGUUGGUUGAUACGUUGGCAAUCUUAUUACGAAUAUAAAUUAAAGAAGUAAACCUAGUUCAGUUAUCAGUUCGGUAAUACACUUUUUCUUCUCAAAA